AUGAAACAAGCUCUUGGAUUAUUCAAUAAUUCACGAGUUGGUAAAGUAGUGAGGUGCAUAGAGAGGGAGAGACAAGCUCUCCUUCAGUUUAAAGAAGGGAUCUUUGAUGAUUAUGGCAUUCUCUCUUCUUGGGGGAACUCAAUUGAAGACUGUUGCAAAUGGAGAGGAGUUCAAUGUAGCAACCGCACUGGUCAUGUGAUGCAUUUGAAGUAUUUGGACCUCAGUUCCAAUAAUGUUGCAGAGAGCCCCGUCCCAGAAUUCAUUGGUUCCUCUAGCAGUUUACAAUACCUCGAUCUUUCACAUAAUCAUUUUGGCAGUACGAUUCCUAAUCAGUUUGGGAAUCUUUCCGAAUUGCGUUCUCUUGAUUUGGGCUCUAAUGAUGAUCUGAGUGUAAAAAGUUUAGAGUGGGUUUCCCAUCUUUCUUUAUUAAGAUACCUUAAUCUGAGCUAUGUUAAUCUUAGGAAUGCAAUAGAUUGGAUGGAAGCACCCAAUAUGUGA